AUGGGAACUCCUGGUGAUGAUCAUUCUUCCAAUUCCUCGCGGAAAAGCUUUGAAGUUGACAAACCCAGGGUCUCUGCGUCUGAGGAGAUAUUAAACAAAAUUGAUCCUUUGUUUCGUGAGGCUGGUCGGGCCAUACAACGUAUGUCUCUCACUCAUCUACGCAUUAUUCGAAGGCGUGUUCAAGCUUUCAUGGCUUUGGUUGACAUGGAGGAGAAGUGGAGACAUGAUGAAGCGUCUCAACGCGUUGAUUCUCGGUGUGGUAAAGCAUCUCAGCAUCCCAGUGCUAGGGAUGAAAGGUUCGCUUCUCGACUGAAGCGGCGAAGGAUCGAGCCUAAGGAACCUUCAUGCGAGAAUAAGUUUAAUUAUCCUGUUCAUAACGGUAUCGUAAUACUCGAGUCUGAUGUUGACGAACCGGAGUAUCCUCAAGAGGUUGUUGGAGCAGUUGCUAAAAAGGAUGCCGGCGCGGCUCAGGAUGUCGAAACUAUUGUUGGAGAGGCUGAAGCGACCGUUGAGGGUGCUAUUGAAGCGGCAAUUGGAGAGGGCGCUGGAGAAAAUGUUGGAGCUAUUGGAGAGACUGCUGAAGCAAGCUUUGGGGAUGGCGCUGGAACAGGCUUUGGCUUUGGAGAUUGCGCUGGAACAGGCUUUGGAAAUGGCGCUGGAACAGGCUUUGGAGAUGGCGCUGAAACAGGAUUUGGAGAUGGUGUCAAGGAUGCUGCAGAAACUGCUUUUAGAGAGGAUGCUAAAGCUUCUGUUGAAACGUCUUCUGGAGGGGAUGCCUACUGUUGGAGAGGGUGUUGGAGCAGGUGCUUGGGAGAACUCUAG